UUUACAGUUUGCUCUACUGCAAAGGCAGAAGAUCGAGCUCGUCUGAGUUUGUUGUCAUUGAUAUGAAUAGCGUUUAAACGAAUUCGUUCUCUGAACGGGCUCGUUUAUUUUAACGUCGAUUUCUUUAAAAUGAUAUAGGCAAUUGGUUUAGGCCUAAAGGAAAUAUACUACAUUUAUAAGCUAACGUUUUAAUUCGGAUCGGAAAAUGUCUAAAUCUACUUCUCAUACCUGUGUUAUGUGCAAUACAGAGCUGGACUCCAAGGAGGCCCUUCAAGAUCACUUCAGGAGACAUGCCAAUAAAGAAAUUGACCUUAAAGGUAGACCCAUUGGGCCUUCUGGUGAGCUCAAAGAUCCCACGGCAAAAGACAGGACGUACAUAAUUGGCUCUGGCUCUCAAGUCGACUCCAACAUAGUUUGCGAUGUCUGUGGCGAAGCUUUUACCUGCAAUACAAAAGCCAUACAGCACAAAUUCAGAAAGCAUCCGUUUAACGCUGCCAAACACUACUGCCCUCAGUGCGGAAUGCAGUUUCCUUUAAAAGGGCAUAGGGAUAAACAUUUGAAGGAGCAACAUGAAAGUGAUCAUGUACCAAAAAAUCCCAACCCGUGUUACCAAUGCGGAGCUAUAUUCUACAACCAAAACGCCCAUGAAUACCAUAAAAAGUCAGCACAUCAUAGGGUCGUUUCUUUAUUUAAACAAAUUGAGACCCCACCCCCUUCAAAAAAGAUCCGCUACAAUAAUGCUGGAGAGCCGCAGAGUGUCUACUACUGUCACCUGUGCGGCUCUGAAUACAUUGUCAAAUUCAAUCUUCAGAUGCAUUUAGAGAGGGCACACACGAUGGCCGAAAGAUCUGCAGCCCCUCCUGAUCUUUAUAAGUGCAAUACAUGUGACGGUCUUUUCUAUAACCAAAAAGCAUACAAAAACCACAAUAUCUACCACAGGCCUGAUGAUUUGUAUGUCACAAGCGAGGAGCAAAGAUUGCAGACUGUAACAAGAGUAGACCAGGAUUUUGAUAUAAGAAGAGUUCAGCCUGUAGUAGAGAAAUACGUUCCAAAGUUUAGACGGAGAAGGACGAUAAAUUUACCUUCCAAAGUGAACUCGAGAAAUAAAGAUUGUGAAGAUGAAGAGCUUUCUCCUCCUCCCGCAUCAGAUUCAGAAGAUUCCGAUCCUGAAUGCAGCCCCGAGAAGAAGAUUAAAAAGAUGGAUCAACAAGAAGUUCCAGUUUUGUGAUCAGACGUUGAAUAAACUACUAACAUUCAGUUCUAGUCAGUUUCAUUUUAUGUAAGAUGGACAUGCCAAAAUAAUUAUACUUUUAUUUAGUACGCUGAAUCGUUUAACUUUACGUUAAAUAUUAUUAAUCUUAAUAUCUUAUCUAGUCACUAAAGAAGUUGCAAUCGAUUAUUAUUUUAUUUAAAAACAAAUUUAUACAUUUUUUCAAGGCAUGGUUUUCAUUACUAAAAUAAAAGUACUCUUAAAAAAUAAAACAAGAUAAAGAGAAAAGUACCUGACUAACUACUACCUCACAGUCUUUAUGGUUUGCAACAUAGCCCAAUUUGAUCAGAUUAAAAAAAUUAAAUAAUUUAGUCAAAAAGAGUAAAGCACAAAGGAAGAUGACAUAUAUAAACAAUAUAUAUAUCUAUAUAUGUAUACUAUAUAUAUAAUUUUUUUUUAAUGGAAGAGUAAUAAGAAAAAUUUUUUGUGAUACUUGUUUUUAAAAUUAUUAUUAGCAAGCAAACCUACUUUAAUUUUUAAUGUGUUAACUAUGUAUGGUUAAUAUUGACAAAUAGCACAUAAUUAUUAUAUAUUUAUAAUGGAGAAUUCAUCUUAAAACCAAUCUCACGGUUUUAAAAAAAGUUUAUCUAGAAAUUAAAACUGUUUCUAUUAUAUGUACGUUUUCUCUUAAAUCUUGAAAGAGUAUUGAUGACAUUCUAAAGUUAACGGUUCUAUAUUAAUAGGAAUUUAUGUAAAGAAGGCCUUUACCAUCCAGCAAAUUGAACCCGAGCUUUGUACCAGGUCAUCAUCAUUUCAGGCAGUCGCAAGUGUGCAUCUGGUCAUAACUAUGUACAAUUUGGACGAUAGUAAUUCCAAAAUGCAUAAAUACAUUAUUAGAAUUUGGAUGCCAGAGGCAUCCCUUUAUUUUAAAUGUAACAAAGUUUAGUAAUUUCUCAAUAUAUGAAAUAAAUCUGUUGUUUCCUGGUGGAGUAAUUGUUCCAGUUUAUAUUUUUAUUCUAAAAUAGAAGUAAAAAAAAAGAACAAAAUAAGGUAUAUUUGAUACGCUAAGUGUAAGAUAAUAAUUAAGCAUUAUGCACUCCGUUGUGUGAAAGUCAUUUGUGUUAGAAAUAAGUGCAAAAUUAUUCUAGUCAUGUAACUGGUCUUUAAUUAGCGUUUAAAAGUUUCUAGGUAGUAGAAUCUCAUAACCAGUAGUUUACAAAUAUUUAUUUAAUAGUGUUAAAGGCUGUAAAUGUUUUGUUUUUCCUCUUUGUAACGAA